GACAUCCUAUACACGAGAAUACGCGCUGCAAAAACAGGAAAUAAAUGCCAGCUGAGUUCGAGAGUUAACUCCCUUGAACCAUGUAUUUGCUAGCUUUGUACAAGAGUUGGUUAUGGAUGACAACGUUGAAACAGAAUCUUUUUUGGACGAUCUUUAUGAUUUUGCAAAUGAAGAACCUGUUAUUAAUACCAAACGCCAGACAUGUAGCCGGUGUUGCCGUCCUGUGACAGUCUGCUGGUGCCCGUAUCUCCCACGAGAACCAAUUCAACUUUCUACCACAGUUUAUAUUCUUCAACAUCCAUUUGAGGAUAACCAAUGUCUGCGUACUGUUCCUAUGUUGUAUCACAGCCUUCCACCUGGAAAAUGCCAUAUUAUUCGUGGUAAAAGGUUCUCGCCUGAAAAGCCUGCAAUUUCGAAGGACAGGGCAAGUCACUUAGACCAACCCCAGUACUCAGCUGAAACUUAUUUUAUCAACAUCCGAAAGGACGCAAGGCAAAUCCAAGUUCAGAUUAAAAGUGGUAUGAUUAGCAAAUAUGUCAUUCGAACUCAACCAACUGAUGUGUGUCUAUCAACUCUAGAGUCUGCUGCUGUUGCAUUAUCUUACCUUGAAAAGAAACCAUAUCUUGUUGAAACUCUUACAAAACCUUUGGAAGCUUUAUGCCAGUUCCAGUUGAAUCAUGGUGCUCAGAAACAUCAGAGUAAAGAAUAUCUGAUUAAAAACGGACUUUAUAGAAAAAAAAUUAAAUCUUCUUGGUUGAAAAAACUUAAUGUCAGCUGAGAAUUGCCUUAGUUGUUUUCAGUUCUCAAAGUUCCUGUCUUGAUAAUUUGGGUUUCAAUAUAUUUAUUUUCAAAGUGAACAUCUUUCAAAUAAGAAAGAAACCAAUUUUAUUUUUGAGAAUAUAGUUUAUUUUUAUCAGUUUAUUUAAGUACUAUUAUAAGUUUUGUUUUUGAAUUGUUGCUGAAGUUCUCUAUAAAUUCUUUUGAUUGUUAUCUGUAAAGUCAGAAUUUUAUGAAAAAACUUGGAACAGUUAUACAUUACAGCAUCAAUUCUGUGUGAAGAUUUCAUGGUUCUAAUUGUUGAUAAAUAAAUAAUUUAAAAACGAAGGGAAAA